AUGGCAGCUGCUCCGCGCCGCUCUCAGAGCCCCUUCCGGGAUGCCUCGGAGACGACCCCUCUCCUCGGCGACGGCCUGGAAGUCGACACCGAGGCCUCCACUCUCAUUGGUACCGCGACUCCCACCGUCCGCUCCGGCGCCGGUACGCCCGGGCCCGGCGACGAUGCCCCCCCGGAGGUCAAGCCGGGAAAGCCGCUGCCGAAACUUCAGAUCUUCCUCCUCUGCUACGCCCGGAUGACGGAGCCCAUCGCUUUCUUCUGCAUCUUUCCCUUCAUCGCCGAGAUGGUUCAGCGGAAUGGAAACCUACCCAAGUCUGACGUGGGCUUCUACAGCGGCCUCAUCGAGUCUUUGUUCUCGGCAACCCAGAUGCUGGUGCUCAUCACCUGGGGCCGUCUCGCAGACCGCAUCGGCCGCAAGCCCAUCCUCGUCUUGACCCUCGUUGGCACAGCCGUUGGCCCAGCGCUCUUUGGUAUGGCAAAGACUCUUCCGCAGAUGAUUCUCUUCCGGUGCUUGGCGGGCGUCUUUUCAGGAUCUAGUCUUGUCAUCCGGACCAUGAUCUCGGAGCAUAGCACACCUGAGACGCAGGCGCGUGCCUUUAGCUGGUUUGCUUUUGCUGGAAACUUGGGACUCUUUAUUGGCCCCAUCAUUGGCGGUGCUCUGGCGAAUCCGGCCACUCAGUAUCCCGGAAGCUUUGGACAUAACAAGUUCUUCCUCGAGUACCCCUACGCCCUUCCAGGCUUUGUCACUGGUGUCAUCAGCGCCACGAGUGCUCUCACAAGCGCCCUCUUCCUCAAAGAAACCCUCAAAAAACAAGGCACUGACGAGCUAUCCCACCGAGAGAUCACCUCCUCAAAACCACCUCUAUCAACCUGGGAACUCCUCAAAGCCCCCGGCGUCGGCAUCGUCCUCUGGGUCUACGGCCACGUCAUGUUCCUCGCCUUUGCCUUUACGGCCAUCAUGCCGGUUGUGCUCUACACGCCCAUCCACUUGGGCGGCGUGGAAUUCGACUCUGUCAAGAUCUCCAUGUACAUGGCUGUCCAGGGAGCGGCCCAAGCGAUGUGGCUGGUCUUGGCGUUUCCCAUGCUGCAGCACCGUUUCGGCACCAAGGGUGUUAUGAAGCUGUGCGGGUUUGCGUACCCCUUUUUCUUUGCUGGGUAUAUCCUUCUCAACACGCUGCUUCGGGCGGAUACACAUCUCACGACGGUCCUGUUCUGGACUUUUGGAGCUGUUGUUGCUAUUGUCGGUCCUGGCGUCUCGAUGGCGUUUACAGGCGUGCAGCUUGCUCUCAACGACGCUGCCCCUGACUCUCACGUCUUGGGAACUCUGAACGCCCUGGCCUUGACUCUUUCCAGUGGCAUUCGGUCCAUUGUGCCAGGUGCUGCCACAGCCAUCUAUGCUGUUGGAGUUCGAGGUCAGAUUCUUUGGGGUCACCUUUUGUGGUUUAUUCUGGUUCCCCUUGCUGCAGCGUUUGCUGUUGCCUGCGAGUAUCUGCCAGAGGGCCGACGGCCAACAAAGGAUGACGACGAGAACGAGGAAAGCGAAGCUUGA